ACAUGAAAUAAUACAUCAAAAUUAGUUAAAAAUAAGAAUCGGAAGUAUUGUUAUUAUCUACAUAAAUGUAUUUUUUUUUUACAAGCUCCGUGUCUGUAACUGUCGGUUGCUGGCCGUCAAUCAAAUAAUUAGCGGGAACCGUUGUGCGACGCGAACACCGGUGAAAACCGACCGUUAGCGGCAACGUUACGUAACGUUAGCUUACAAAACCUUAAUAAAAAGUCGUACUCGUUGAGUUACAUUGUCGUUUUGGUGAACUAGUCUUUCAUCCGUUGCCAUCUUUGAUAUUUUAUCCUCUCACCACCGCAAUGGCCUGCAUGCAGCAAGUCACCACAUCCCAGUUUCCCAACCAGGUCGUCCCCGAGCAGCAGUCCCUGGUUGUCAUGAAGAAGCUUCUGGCCAUCGCCGUGUCCGGCAUCACAUACCUCCGGGGGAUUUUCCCAGACAAAGCCUACGGCAGUAAAUAUCUCGCAGGUCAGAAAGUGAUGAUCCUCAGAGAGGAGCGCAGCUGUCCCGGUGCCAGUCAGAUUGUCCAAUGGAUGACGGGAUGUUUUGAGGCAAUCCAGAAGAAUUAUCUGCGGACCGUCAUAAUGUCUAUCUACACUGACCCAGAUAACCCUCAGAAAGUGACUGAGUGUUACCAGUUUAGGAUCCAAUACACAGCCGAAGGAGCUCAGAUGGACUUUGAAAGCAACAACGACAACAAGGUGUCGUCGAUGCCAUGCAACGACACAAAGAAGGCCAGCAUCCUGCUGGUGAGGAAGCUCUACACGCUGAUGCAGAACCUGGGUCCUUUGCCAGACCACAUCUGCCUCAACAUGAAGCUGGAUUAUUACGAAAACGUCACCCCUCAGGACUACCAGCCGCCCGGCUUCAAGGAGGCCGACAGCGACACCCUGGAGUUUGGGAAAGAGAUGGUGGAGCUCACCAUGGGCCAGGUGGCCACUCCCUUCCACUCUCUGAAGGUGGACAUGUCCACAGAGAGACACCGGCUGGAGCAGGUGCAGGCUCAUGUGAUUGAAGACGUGGAGAAGUCCGACAGCGAGGACGGCAACUUGGACAACACUGGUAAAUCCGUGAUUCAGCUGAGCAUUCAUGAGAAGACGGAGAGCUGGGAGAAAGCCACAGAGAUGGACACCGAGGAGAAGAAGUCCCCCGGCGUGGACAAAACCAGGAGGACCAGGAGCGGGCGCAACAUCCAGUCCGUGAAGGUCUCUCAGUACGAAAUCCCCAGCAGCCAGGACACGCCGUCCACCUCCGAGGCGAGGAAGAGGCGCAAAUUCAGCGAGCCCAAAGAGCGCUUCUGACCCCCCCCCCCCUUCCACGCCGCGCUGAUGUACCCGUUUUACAUUGCAUGUUUUUUAAAAGUCUGUUUUGACGACGCCGUAAGUUACACAGCCGUUGGUCUUUUUAAAGGGAAUCUCGCUCCUUGUUGCUUUUUUUGUUGCAGUUGUUUGCUCUGUAGUUCAUUUGAAUAGAAGCCUAAUCUGAGACGGUGGUCUGGUUUUGGAGUCCGACGGCUGAUGAACAAACAUAUUCAUUAUUAGUUUGUUUUACUGUUCCUCAUUUACUAACCAGGACUUUUACAACAAAGGUCACUUAAAGGCUUAAAUUCGAGGGAGCUUGAUGUGUGUUUCUGCCAAUGAACACAAUGUCUGUGCAGCAGGUUGCUGCCGUCUCUGACUUGUCAUUGAUGAGUUUGGCAGUUAGUUUGGAGGAAAUGAUUAUACCUCUUUUACCCGGAAUUUGGAGAAUGAACGCUUGUUGUAAUGCACGCAUCGCCUUAUCUAAUAAAGAUAAAUAAAAAGAUAUAUGACAUUGGACAAUAUCAA